AGGCGUGUGCGCUCAGAAAGGCAAGCCAUUGGCCACAAAGGCCUUGGGUUCGCCACUUCACCAGUCUGGCAGGCAAACUGCGCAGUCGACCAAGCCGACCGACAGCCCGCCAGUCGAUCACUUGCAGUGUGCAGCACAACAUAAGAACACCGUAAAUAUCGUUCAGGAUGCUCGCAUUCAGCCAGCGUAUGAGGCGAAGACGCCCCCACCGAAUGGACAAGGUGACCAACACCAUCUCCGGCGAGGGCACUGCAGUCUUGUGCUUCCCUCCUGAUGGCUCCUUCUUUCGCGGACUGAUGACCAGCAGCUCCAAGGAUCAAAUAACCAUGGACGAAGACUCGCCGUACGUGUUAUACGGCCGCGAGAUGCCCAAUCCCGGCCAUUACAAAGUGACCGUGGCGGACCUGGAGACGGGUCUGCAGUACCACAUGGAAAAAGUGCAGCUGCGGGGCGAGCUGAAGAAGCGGGGCCGCACCUCCGUCAGUCCCGAGCAGAUGGUCUCGCACUCGACCAGCGCGGCCAUCCCCAUCGGGAGCGGCGUCCACGGCGGAGGAAGCCUGGGCAUCGGCUGCUUCGACGACAUCUUCCUCAUGGAACACUCGUGUCCCAAUUUGCUCGGCGGCGGCGGCGGCUUCCUGAUGGACACCGCCGACCUCAGCCCGGCCGGCGAGUCGAACAGCACGCAGAUGAGCUCGACGCCGAGCCAGAACAGCCCCAUGAGUCCGCAGCCGUCGGCCAAGGACGACUCGCCGCUGGAGGCCAUGGCGACGCCGCAGUUCUCGCUCGACUUCGAGAGCAACGAGGACUGCUUCCAGUUCACGGCCAACGCGGUGCACCGCGGCCAAAAGGCGGACAUGAUGAUCCAGAAGCUGAUGGCUGGCUCCAAGCUGAAGGGCACCAAGUGCGUGGUGCUGGUCGGGCCGCUGCGGUUCGCCGUCAGUGACACCUACACCACGAACGCCACCAUGGCUUGGAGCAUGUGAUCUGACUAUUGCUGUAAGACAGUUUUGAUCUGAACAAAAUCGUGCACACACGAGUGCCAAUCUACCUACUGUGUAUAAAGCCCUCCUAUGAGUGGCCUCGUUUUGAGGCUGCGCGCAAAGAGUAUUUCAUCAAAUCGUGUCUCGCUUUGUCCAAUGAUCACAUUUUUGUAUUAAGCGGUUUGCAUUUAAGGGAUGACUCCCCCUGCCUGCAAAGGGAUUUUGCUUCUGAAGCAUCCAAAUGACUAGAGUUGAAAAUAAAUGGAUCGCGCAGAAAAUGUACUGCUCAAUGAGCUGGAUUGUUUUAUUUUAAAUUCUAUAUUUUGCUAAAGGUGAUGUGGCGAUUAUUGAACUAAAAAUUGUAAAAAUGAAUGUGCCAUAAAUAAUAUAUAUUAUAUUGAAUUGUCGUAAGAUGAAACGUAUGGUGUGUAGCGCCCUAAAUUUUUUAAAAAUCAAAUAAAGUUUGGCCUACAUAAAUGAAGGGACCACGCAUCAAGCGUAAUUAUCAUAAUAAUUUAUAUCAGUUUCAAGAUAUAUUGUGAACUGUGAUUCAGUGUGCUUUGUUUUGUGUUUAUGACAAAAAUGUAUAAAUGUGAAAAACAUUUUUGUGCUGCUUGUGGUAAAACAUAUAUAAGGACAAAUAAAUCAAAGGAUAGUAUAAAAAUUAAAAAGAUAA